AUGAGCACGAAUAUUUGUACUGAUAGUCAUGGGUGGGAGGUAGGCGCUGUCCUCAAAGCGAUAUCUGAGGCAUCUCAAGCCAGGGGCGCGCAACCCCACUUCAUUAGGCGUCCCCAGCACGUGUGCUGGCUGCCAACCGCUUGGUCACCCCACAUAAUCCACUCUAGCCUGGUCUCCCCGUUUGUUUCAUUAGAAUAUAAGAAAGGCGAAUUU